GAUGCUGGGAGGAGGAGGAGGAGAAGGACGCCAGCAGAGGCUGCAGAGAUGCUAACAGCACCGACACACCAACACACACACUGACAGCAGCUAGCUGCAGCUAACUGCAGCUAACUGCUAACACAGACAGAGAGACAGACAGGGAGCCAGACAGACAGAGAGAAAGACAGACAGACAGACAGACAGACAGACAGAUAGAGAGACAGACAGAAAGACCGGUGGAGGGAAGCUGAUGCUGGCAGCAAACACUCAGUGAGCUGCAGUGAAGCUAGCUGCUGAGCAUGUUAAACUACUGACACACACACACACACACACACACACACACACACACACACACACACACACACACACACACACACUCAGCAAUGUCCGAGGCUUCCUAUUGGACGGUCCAGAUGUAGUCCAAAUUCAGGUUGACAGGCAUCUUAUUGGGGGGGCGGAGCCUGCAGCUGGUGGUGAUGUCAAAGAGAGGAGCAGCAGGGAGAGGCAAGGGGGAGCGACCUGACGCCAUGGCAACGCUUCAAGCAGCCAAUGAAGAGCUGAGAGCCAAACUGACUGACAUCCAGAUAGAACUACAACAUGAGAAGAACAAGGUCAGCCGUCUGGAGAGAGAGAAGAGUCAGGAGGUGAAGGCGGAGCAUCACCGGGCGACAGUCGCCGUGACGGAGCUGAAGACCAAACUCCACGAGGAGAAGCAAAAGGAGCUGGCCAUUACCAGGGAGACAUUACUACGGCAACACGAGAUGGAGCUAAUGAGAGUCAUCAAGAUCAAAGACGGAGAGAUUCAACGUCUAAACGGUCUGGUGCUAACGCUGAGGGACGGAUCCACAGACAAGGUGCGGAGCGCCCUGCUGGCAGAGGGGGAGGAGGCGAGGAGGAGCUGGGAGGUGGAGCGUUGCCGCCUCCAGCAGGAGGCACAUGAACUGCGAGGAGCGAGGAGAACAGCUGAGGAGGCUCUGGCAUCGGCUCAGCAGGCCUGCCAGACCCGAGCAGCCGAGCUGCGAUCCGCUCAUCACCAGCACCAGGAGGAGCUGAACCGCACCAAGAGAGACUGUGAGAGGGAGAUCCGCCGGCUGAUUGAUGAGAUAAAGCUGAAGGACCGAGCGGUCAGUGUUUUGGAUAAAGCCCUGGGGCUGCAGGCGGGACACGCCCACCGCCUCCAGCUGCAGACUCAGGCUGCCGAGCAGCAAAUCGCAGCCCUGAGAGACUCACAGAGGGUGGGACUAAACCUCCCCGGCCACGCCCCUAGCCCCGCCCCAAACACUGCUCCUCACACUUCUCAGGACGACCGGGACACUCGCAGGUUUCAGUUAAAGAUCGCUGAGCUCAGCGCCGUCGUCAGGAAGUUGGAGGAUCGAAACGCUCUGCUGUCUGAAGAACGCAACGAAUUGCUGAAGCGUCUGAGAGAGACGGAGAGCCAGUUUCUUCCUCUUCUGGACAAAAACAAACGUCUGAGCAGGAAGAACGAGGAGAUGGCUCUCACGCUACGUCGCCUUGACAACAAGCUUCGCUUCGUCACCCAGGAGAACAUGGAGAUGAGGAGGCCGAGUUCUCUCAACGACCUGGACCGGAGCCACUCCACCAGUUACCAUGGUUACAGCCAAGAUGAGAGAGAGAUGGAGUUUCUACGGUUACAAGUUCUGGAGCAACAGCACAUCAUCGAUGACCUGUCCAAGGCUCUGGAGACGGCUGGUUAUGUAAAGAACGUUAUAGAGAGAGACAUGUUGCUGAGAUACAGACGUCAGGAAUCAGUCCGGAGGAAACGGACCUUCAGAGCCUGCAGGGUCAUAGAGACAUUCUACGGUUAUGAUGAAGAGGCGUCGGUGGACUCUGAUGGAUCGUCUUUGUCGUUUCACACUGACAGAACUCCAGAUACAGAACCAGACGAGGUGUGUGUGCGUGAGGAAGCGGAGUUUCGUUACCGUCAGCUGACUCAGGAGUACCAGGCGCUGCAGCGAGCGUACGCUCUGCUGACGGAGACGAGCGGAGGAAACUAUGACCCCGAGAAGGAGAUCAAGACUAGAGAGCAGCUGCUGACUGAAAUCAGUCAAUAUCAAACCAGAGUUACAGAUCUGGAGUCAGCACUGAAACAACAAGGACUGGACGUGAAGUGGGUGGAGGAGAAGCAGGCCUUGUAUCAGAGGAAUCAGCAGCUGGUAGAGAAGGUGAAGCAGAUGGAAGGAGAAGAGCUGCAGCUGGAAAAUGAAAUCCAGGACGCCAGAGAUCAGAACGAGCUGCUGGAGUUUCGGAUCUUAGAGCUCGAGGAGAGGGAGCGACGCUCACCUGCCAUUAACUUCCAACCACUCCAUUUCCCAGAAGGCCUCAGUCCUCUGCAGCUUUACUGCGAGGCAGAGGGAGUCGCUGACAUCGUGAUCAGUGAGCUGAUGAAGAAGCUGGACAUUCUGGGAGAUAACGCCGUAAGUAAUCUGUCCAAUGAGGAGCAGGUGGUGGUGAUCCAGGCCAGAACGGUGCUCACUUUGGCAGAGAAGUGGUUGGAGUCCAUUGAAGUGACGAAGUCGGCUCUGCAGCAGAAGAUGUUGGACAUUGAGAGCGAGAAGGAUCUGUUCAGUAAACAGAAGGGUUACCUGGAUGAAGAGUUGGAUUACAGAAAGCAGUCGAUGGAUCAGGCUCAUAAGAGGAUCCUGGAGCUGGAGGCCAUGUUGUUUGAGGCUCUGCAGCAAGAGGAGCACUUCAGGAUGGACGGAUUCAAGAUGGAGGCUGGUCUGUCUGAAACCCUGACGGAGGAAGAGAGGGAGGGGCUUAGGAAAGCAAUGGACCAAUGGAAACGCUCUGUGAUGUGUGAGCUGAGAGAGAGAGAUGCCCAGAUCCUCCGAGAGAGGAUGGAACUGCUGCAACUCACCCAGCAGAGAAACAAAGAGUUGGAGGAAUUUAUAGAAGCACAGAAACGGCAGAUUAAAGAGCUGGAGGAGAAGUUUCUAUUUUUGUUUCUGUUCUUUUCUUUGGCCUUCAUUCUCUGGUCCUAACAGCAGCUGUGUCUGCGUCCCCCAGAGUCACACAGCUGAGCACUCAGCAGCUUUCAGACCAAACAACUGAAGAGAGUUCAGGAGGAUUCAGGAGGAUUCAGGGUUUGAACCAGCAGCUCACUGACGGUCAGGCACUCGCCCUCCGGCUGCAGAGCUCUCCCAGCUUCCAGCUGUCACGUCACACCUCACAGAUGAAGACAAGGAGGAUUUCCACGGCAACAGAUGAAUAUUGUGUUUUACACCAGAGAACGACACAACCAGCAGCAUGCUAACUAGCUUCCUGUUAGCUUCUGUUGACCAGGAAGACACCUGACAUCCUGUUUUCACCUGGGAGCAACACGGUAACAGUUUUUAAUCUACACACUCUUCUUAAGGACAAAAUGGACAAACUGAUGGACUACCUAAAGAAUACUGGAUUAUAUGAGAGGAUUUAGAGAAUUGACAUUAACAAAGAUGUGAACAGCAACCAGUGGGGGCAGAAAUACGCCGUCUAGUCUGUGUUUACUGUGCCAAAUAAAAGACGAAGACAUUCUGGCCUCAGGGGGCACACUGGACCAAAGUGGUGCUGAAUGUAAUACAGUGUUAUCUAAAGGACUCUCAGCCUAAUCUUGGUGUGAAUGUUGACGAAUCCAUGAGUUUUGAUGCUCACAUAUGUUAGCUCAGUUAGCUAGACUUGUUAACUGUUGGACUGUGUUAAAAGCAGAGCCACAGCAUUUUGGACGGUUUGUAAACAGUGUACGGAAGGUAAAAGGAGCAUUACAGUAGUCCCAACGUGAUGAGAUAAGAGCAUGUAUUACUGUCUCCAUUUUCAUUUCUACAGACCUGAUUUGGGCUAUGUUUCUGAGGUGAAAAAACAUAAUUGAGUUAGCAUCCUAAACCAUCAAACCUCAUGGAUUGGUCAAAAAUCACAUCAAGAUUAGGCAGACUAGACCGAGAAGAUGAGGAGAGGCACCCAGUUUCUGCCUGAUCUGACUGAAGGUUAGCUUAGCUAGCUGGACUGCAUUGAUCAAGUUGAUAUCAGAUCAGUUAACAAACCUGUUCUGUGGGUUAAUGAAGCUUCAGAGCCAAAGUUUGAGGAACUACAGCAGAAGUUCAGUACAUGGGAUGCUCAGUUACCUUGACGAGUUCACACAGUAGAAGAAGCACAAUAGAAAACAUUUGAAACUGUUGUUAAAAGGAGUGUUCUGGUCUGUCCUGCUAUAGAGAGCUGAAGUCCCGCCCCUUCCUGUGUCCACCACAGGACUUUAUUUCAGAUAAAAUGUGUCCGGUAGUGAACGAGGAGAGACCAAUAUUGUUUUAAUUGAGCCAUGAAUUACACACCUGAUGUGUGUCAGUUCAUCAAGUGAAGAAAGUCUCAGUUUGUGGUAAAACUGUUGAAGGAUCAGACUGUGAAAAUGCGUCAUUAGAAAGACUUGUCAGCCCAAAGUGUCUAAGUGAUGUCUCUCUGAAGCUACGACGUCUCUGUGUUUGGUACCGGGAUGUAACGUUACUCACACCUUUCUCUUCCUGGCUGACAAGAAGACGCUGGUUAAAACACAGCAGGUAAGAUAACGUUACAGUUGUUGGGGAACAGAGCUAGCUAGCUAGCAAGGUGAUGUUUAAUGUGCGAGAUGAGAGAUGUGGUUUACUGAGCGUUUCACACUAAACUAAGUGGUACCAAGACAAUCCUACGACAAACUUUCCUCAUUGAUAAAUUAUCUUUUAAACUGACAUCAAAUAUCAUAUGUGUAAUUCAUGCCUGAAUUCAAACUGGAUGUAAACAUUAUUUAUCUCUCCUCGUUCACUACUGGACCCUUUUACUGAAAUAAAGUCCCAUGGUGGACACAGGAAGGGGCGGGACUUCAUUACCUUUGUUCUGAUUGGCUGUUCCACCUGCAGAGUGGAGAAUGGUUUGACACCCUAGAGCCUCUCAGCUCCUCUCAUGGAUCAAAGGUUACAGCACGUAACCUUCGUAUAGUUUCAGCCCACGCUAAUCAUCCCGGGACCAAACACUGAUGAAGGAAACACCUCUUCAUGGUGUCAGGAGGUCUGCUGGACGGUAAAGUGGCAACAACUGAACACCAGGAAGACAAAAUACUGUUCUGAUCAGAAGAAACAAAGCAUGGAGUUUAAGAGAAGUUCAACAGGUUUAAUAACUGUCACAAAGAUUUGAUUCAAUGAUAAAUCUGCAGGUUUAUGUGAUCCAGUCUCUGUGCCACAAUAACUCCAGUUCAGACUAAAGAUUCGUGUUGAGAUGAGUGUAAACUAUAGUCUCCCUGAGAGUCUCCGGUCUGCAGCGUUCUGAAAGCUGUUUCCACCAAUGAGACGAGACGCUGUAUCAUCUCCAUAGAAACCACUCUCUGGACUUCUGUUCUAACUUCAGACUUUUCAGAAUUUUUCAGUCUAAAUCUCUGAUAUUUCAACCAACUGACAGUUUGUAACAUAGAAAGAAAAUGGAUUCUGGAUAAUUUUAUUUCUGUAGUUUGUAGCUGACUAGACCAGCUGACUUCUCUAUUGGCUGUUGAAACAGGUGACGUGUCUGAAAGUUUUCCUGAAACUAACUUUCCUAAAUCGGUUUUGUGCUGUCGUGAAUCUUUGGUCUGAACUGGACUUUAGAUGAGAUUUUACAAAUCAACUGAUGGAGGAAAGUAUGUCAGUUUUUCACAGACGGACUGAAUCAUGGAGGAUAAAACCUGUAAUUAUAAACUAUAAAAUAUUAUUUAUUAUGCAUCCUUUAUUACACCCUUCUCUGAGAGAUAAUCAGCACUUUGAUAUUAAAAUGACUGAUCAAAAAUGACUGAUCAAAGUAAAUCUGAAAAUAGAAAAGUUGAAGUAAACAUGUUCAGAAAAAGUUUAGAUGUAAACAAUGACUCAAUACUUUGCAGUUUGGCUACUUGUCAAUAUUUAAUGUCAAAUCAAAUCUUUACAGUUUAAAUGUUUAAACUUGUAUUGAGUAUCAGGACUUUUAAACCAAUCUGUCGAUUCAAUUUUAAAUUCCUCUUGUUUUCAUUCUCAA